GCUCGGUGGCUGCAAUUUGGCGAGUCGGCAAAAGAGAAGAAGUAUCUUGAAGAUUGGUCUGCCUUGCAAACACAAGGCUUAAAUCGAUCCGUCUCUCGAUACUCUCACCAAGUCGAUCAACUCGAAACACAAGCAAAGAUGAAGUAUCUCGCUGCUUACUUGCUCCUCAAUGCCGGCGGCAACACGAGCCCCUCCAAGGGUGACAUCACCUCUCUCCUCGAGACCGUCGGGAUCGAAGUCGAGUCUGGCCGAUUGGAUAGCCUCAUGUCCGAGCUAGAAGGCAAGGAUAUCAACGAGCUCAUCGCCAGCGGAUCCUCCAAGCUCGCCUCAGUUCCUUCCGGAGGAGGCGGUGGUGCUGCUGCCGCUCCCGCUGCGGGUGGUGCGGCUGCAGGCGGCGCUGCUGCAGAAGAAAAGGCAGAGGAGAAGAAGGAGGAAGAGAAGGAAGAGUCUGAUGACGACAUGGCAAGUCACUCUCCUUCAUCGCUGCACACAGUUUCCCUGACCAAGCUUUGCCAUUACAGGGCUUCGGUCUGUUCGACUAGAUUCCCACUGUCCUCUCUUUGCAUGCUUGUACGAGCGACAACACUGCUCUUUGCCGGCCGACCUCGUCCCUUCUCGCGCAGCCUCUCGACCGCAUCAGCGAGUAGUACGAGCACCAUCAAUGCAGACGAAGUUGCCCAUUUUGCCAAAUUAUCUGCCAAAUGGUGGGACGAACAAGGCGAAUUUGCUCUGCUGCAUCGUAUGAACCCUGUCCGACUCGACUUUAUGCGCCAAUGGAUCUCUCGAUCUGAAGUACUGCCCGCCCGACGGUGGCUCACAGGACGGAGAGUGCUCGAUGUGGGCUGCGGAGGCGGUUUGCUCUCUGAAAGCCUGACGAGGUUGGGAGCGAGGACGACGGGGAUAGACGCAACGGCGGCCAAUAUCCUCAUGGCAUCUCUCCAUGCCGCUCAAGAUCCAGCGCUGCACUCCGCGACUCAAUCGAAAGAGCCCAGUCUUACUUACCGCCAUGCUGCCGCCGAGGAUCUCGUUGACGAAGGCGCGAUUUUUGAUAUCGUCUGUGCGAUGGAGGUCAUCGAGCAUGUGGACGAUCCAAGAGGGUUCCUCACUUCGCUCGCCCAUCUCGUCAAGCCUGGCGGUCACCUCCUGAUGUCUACGAUCUCAAGGACGCUGCUGGCUCGCUUACUGACCAUCACCAUUGCCGAAUCACCCGUGCUAGGUUUCGUUUCGCCAGGCACGCAUCACUAUGACAAGUACAUCAAACCAGACGAGCUGAAUGCCUUCAUCGCUGAGGACCUGAAAUGGCAGCGCAACCAGUCAUCAGCAUGGACAGAGACCCGCGGUGUCAUCUACAACCCUCUUCGGGGCUCAUGGGUGCUCAUGUCGCCAGACUCUCAAGCAAGCCAACUGGCGAACUACUUCUAUGCCGCUCGAAAGCCCGCCUGA